GUGGAAUAAUAAGUCUACGUGUAAAUCUCGACUCUGCUCUUCUCUCUCUCUUUCUCUAUCUUCUUCCCGCCAACGUCGACCCACGUAUACCGGGUGUCGCGUGGGUGUGGACCGCAAUGUACACGCACGGUGGGGGAGCCGUGUGUUAAGGACACCCCACCGCCACGCCGGAACGGAAUGGAAAGGAAAAGAGCCCGUAGUGCUACAGCUGCCUGGCUGGCUGCUCGCCUGCCGUAGACGCGAUUAUGUUUCGUGUCUGGCGAACCCAUUCAGUGCUUCUCACGGCACGGGGGCACAUGGUGCAGCCGCGGCCGCAAACGCGUCUCCGCGAGUGGUACACGCGCGCGAGCGGAACGACGAGCAGCUCCGGAAGAUAAGGCCGAGGAAGGAUGCAGUGAGCGGACGGAGGCGGACAAGUGCGGAUCUAUCGGUCGCGUUUCAAAGUUUUUCUGAAAGUAUUUCAUAUUUGCGAACGGAAUUUAGACGCUAGAGAAAUAUAAAGAUCGUGAGGAAGAAAUAAAAAAGAUAUAGCUGAAGAAAGGAGUGCAAGAGAGGAACAAUAAAAAGGGAGUUAAAGAAGGAUGAAUAAUGAAAAGAAGAGUUUGUGAAAUAGGCUUUUGAAAUCAUUUUCGAACUUAGCGAGGAGGGGGACAGUGCGUUUAAAAAGAACUUCGGAGUGAAGGCAGGAAUGCCGAAAUGCUCGCGCGCUUUCUGACGGACGUCUGAUCACAUCCGGUCAUAACUCCGCUGCGCUGUGAGAAGUUCGGUUCCGUGCCAGUUAUGACGACGCGAGAUGCCGUGAACGUUCCCGUCGAUGCAGUUCCGCGAGUUCCGAAUGCCGAUUCACCGAUUCGCGCUCUCCUUUCCGGAAGCGGAUCUCCUUAACUAGCGCUAUCAUUGGCCGAAUGAACAAUAGACAGACAUCCAAUGCGCAGAUAAGAAAGAAGAGAAAGGACACGCGAUCUGACAGUAGGAGCGGAGUGAUCUACGAUCUCCGGAGACUGGAAGCUAGAAGAUCGACGACCCGAGAUUCUUGGAUCACGUCAGACGUCAUGAAGGUCUGACCGGGGGGGAGAGAGACGGAGAUAGGCUUCGGCCGCGAGCGUGCAGGAGUUUCCCGUUAUUGGAUCCUCGGCGAGGCGUGGAAAAAGAGGCGUCUCCGCUGUUGGACGUGGAAUUUUGCGGAUCUCACGGUUCCCCGUGGAUCUUUCACCGAGAAUCGCCCGAAAAAUAAACCAGGUGAAUGACAGUCAUGACGCAUUUUGCAUGAUUCAUCGUUAUAUCUGGUGUCAGAGGCGACCUUUCAAGGUAAAUCCACAAGCCAAAGAAGCCGAAGAAAAAUGGUGUACCGCGGCAGUCUGCAGACGGACGAUCCCAGGGAUGCGCCGAAAUUGGUGCGGAUUUCACCGCUGCGCAGCAGCAGGCCUGUGAAUCCUGUGCCACGAGUUAGCACAACCGUUAAAGGUCCAAUCUAUCACAAUUCGUAUGCCACGCCGAUCGACGUGAACCGGGCGCGGCUGAUCGAGGAAAGACGAUUGGGACGCGAGCGAGACAUCGAGUCGGUCGAGAAGGCGAUCAUGAGGAAUACCGGCAUAAAGAUCGGCGCGCCCAAGCUACGCAAUAUCAGCCAGAUCCGCGAGACUAUCUUCGUGGACCAGCCGUUGACGACGAUCGACAGGAUUGGCAGGGCAGAUCCGCGAAUGCGACCUCGCAGUGCAGCCAUUGGCCUGGAGAACGGCAAUGCCAGGAUACCGAGGAAUCACAGUUCCCUGCUGGCGGACCUGAAGGACCUCGAGAGGCUGAGGAAUACCCCGCCGACGCAGAGGAAUUACCGGGCUUCUUCGCAGAACACUGAAAGGCCGGAUUCGAAAUUAGCGAUCUCGAACAAGAAAAACGACGCGCCGACGUCGGCCAAGAUCCGCUCGGACAUCUUCAAGAUCCAGCAGAUGUUUCAGUCGGCCGAUUCUGCGCCCAGGACAGUGACCAGAAACGGCAACGACCGGAAGAUCAGGAGCGACUCGGAGAAAGAGGAGAAGAAACCUGGAACGGAGAUCAACCGGACACGUUUGUUAGCGCAGAAGCUCCUCGAGGCGUCCAGGAACAAUCGGGAGUUCCUGAGGGAUCGGUGCAACAACCCGAAGAACGCAUCCAACAAAGUGUUUAAUAAGGACGAGAAAGCGUCCAGUAAGAUUCUUCAGCAGAAUCACAGGAUUCCGGAGGAAACGUGGACCAAGGAGAAACAAGAGGAGCCGAGCUUGGAGGAACAUCCCCGUCCUCCCGCUCGCAGGAGGAGGGACUCGAGGCAUCAAGGGUGGAAGGGCGCGGACGAGCGUAUGUCCAGGUCGGAGGAUCGCGGGAUGAGCCGUCCUCCCGAUCGCGGGGAGGACUCGAACGGAGGCGCGAGCACGGACGAGAAUUCCAAGGCGAGUUCUAAUCUGGAAAGACCGGAUAUUCUGGACGGGCUGCUGAAGGAGUCUGACCGGCAGCUGGCGAACCUGAGGAGCGACCUCGGCGAGCGGGGACGCUCGCGCAGACACUGGCGAGGAUUCGUGCAAUCCAUGAGGCUGCACGACGUGGAGCUCCAUUCUGACGGCGAGGACCAGCGGAAGGACCUGAACCUGUGGAACAAGAGCAUUAGCCAGCGCUGGCGGAAGCUGCGACGAAGAUGCUCCGUGCAGGAGUCGUCGGAGCCGAAGGAGGCGCUGAUACAGGGUGGCGGGAAUCACGGUGUCAUACACGCGGUGAGAUCGACGCCGGCCAGCAGGGAAGCCUCGCCAGCCGCGAAGAGUCUUCAGGAUGGAAGCUCGCCGAAGAAACUGCUGCAGACUAGUUCCCUCAGGCUGCCAGGCACGACGAAGGGCAUCGCCGACAUCCAGCACGUGCUGCGCAGCAAGUUCAGCAAGAUAAACGCCGGCAUCAGGAAGCGGAAGGCCCUUAGCGUGACGGAAGUAUUCCCCCAGCCGAAGGACAAUGCCUCCAGCUUCUACGUACCGAGUCCACUCACUCCGUCGUCCAGUCAAACAUACGAGGACAAUCGUUACGACUCGAGCGAGCCCACGUCCCUGCCACCCUAUCCGUUCCACGACAACCUGGAGACCCUGACAGAGGGUAGCGUCCCGAACUCGCCGCAUUGUGCCACUCCGCUCGUUAGCGACGGCGACACCUUCAGCUACUCCCAGGAUGGCUACGAGCGCAAGGACCUGUACGAGAACGUGCCGUUUUCCAGGUCGUCGCCGUCGUCCCGCUGCCCGAGGACACGACCCGUUCUCCAGCGCAGCAACUCGGAGAACCGCGAUGCCAGCGUGCACGAUCAUUCCUACGAGAACAUGCGCUUCCAGCAUGCCGGUCAAAGGGACGACCCUACGGUCUCGGGAAGUCCCUACGCGGGCAGACACCUGGCCAGGAGCAACUCCGAAACAAGGGAGCACUCCUACGAGAACGUGCACUUCCAGAAGAACGCGAAGCCCAGGAACCAGUCGGAACCGUCGUUCGAGGAGAUACACAUACCCAGGGUGACGCCCAGGAAGAGGUCCACCGAUUUUAAGCUCGGUGGGCAGGUGAAUAAUUAUUCCGGCGAGACGACGCCGAUUGCUGGCAACAAGGAGGACGCGCCGGCUAGUCUAGGCAUGGACAGGAGUCCUGGGAAGAGAAACCCGAGGAGGCUCAACAGCAGAAGCGUCGCGAACAUACCUAGCUCUUCGGGGACGAACUUGAAGACUUGGCAAGGUACUCAAGAUGCGGACGAAGGUCUGAAUUCUGACUCGGAACUCGAGGACAUCGACGAGGCCGCCGAAGGCGAGGAGUCGCGAUUUUGUACCUUGCCAAGACCCGGUAAGGGCGGCGCAUCCUUCACGAUACUGACUGCCAGAUUCCUCAAGGGUCCUGGGCACAAGGGACUCGGUUUCAGUAUCGUUGGCGGCACCGACAGUCCUCGCGGCAAUAUGGGGAUCUACGUGAAAACUGUUUUUCCCAAUGGCCAAGCCGCAGAUCUAGGCACUGUCAAAGAAGGGGACGAAAUUUUGUCGAUAAAUUCGAAACCUCUUCACGGUAUGACCCACGCCGAGGCGAUCGCCGAAUUCAAGUCCGUGAAGGCCGGGGACGUCGUUCUGCACGUAGGACGUCGCGUAAACAGGAAGAAGAGAGAAUCUUUGACCCUGGCUCCGGUUAAUCCUCCCGUUCCAAGACAGCCCGUCAAGUGAACUCGCCCUGAAUUGUAACGACGGACAAUUUUCGACGAUGGUGAUGAUCUUCCUGUUUUCUAAACUUUUGCGUACUCGAUCUUGUACACUUUGCGAAUAUUCAUCGUGCAGAAGCAAUAUUGAUUAUUAUUAUUACUAUUAUUGUAAUAAUGCGCGAAGGAUCGAAGCUGUGACUCGAGUUUCUUCGCUUGUCGUGAUUCUCGGAUUCGUGAGACGAAAUUAAAUCCCUAUUUUAGAUUUUAAUUCUAUCUCUAGCUUUUGUUUCUAAAAUUAAGGGUUUUUGUUGUCUUCGAUGCAUUUAAGAUGCUUUGAAGAGGAUAAGCUUCGAUAAGAUGUUUUAUUUUAUGCGUUUGAAAUAUUUUAUUAAUUUUAUAGGAUACGAGAUCUGUUCCUUUGGCGGCGCUUUCGUCUUAGUGUCUUUCUUUUCUCAUUUCUGCUUGUAAAUCUCAAACGUAUAUCAUGCUAAACGCAAGGAACGAGCGCAGUACUAAAAGGAACAGAUUUAUAUCGUCUUACGACUCCAGGAUUGAAUCUGAAAAACGAAAUAACAAAGGUGCUCGCGCGUAUUUGCGUCCGCGGUAAAUUUUCAUGAAAAUAUUACAGAAAUCACUGAAUAUUCGUGAUAUAUAUAUCCGAAAACGGGAGUCCUGUUAGAACAACGUGAAGCGCUUACGAUCCCAUGUAAAACUUAUAGACCGCUCUUUAAUAUAAUAUACGUAAUAUGAGCGAGUCAGUGAUAAGCACGUCUCACUCUUCUGAGAUGUUCCCGAGAAACAUAAUCAAAUCGGUGAGAGGCGGAUCGGCCGUCGAAUCAAAACGCGUUUUAAUUGUACAAGCGUGGCCGACUGGUUUGGUACUCGCUAUAUGAAUUUUACAUUAAUGUUUAUCUAUGAACACUCAUAAUCGUCUAAUACUAUCGUGUCUAACGCUAUCUAAAAUUAGUAGUGGUAUUGGUGUAACGAAGAAUCUUGCAAGCUAGCUCAACCGUACUCUAUUUCACGUUUAUUGAUAGACACGAAGAUUCUCAUAAGAGAUAGAGACGAGUAUGUAGAGGCCUAAAAGAGAAAAACUCAGCCAUUUACGAAACACGCUACUUACGAACAAUGCGCAACGAAGUCCUCCAGUUAGUGAUCGACAGAUCAAUUUAUUUUUGUAAAGCGAACAUGUACGCUCCGCGAUUUUUAUACAAUUAACGAGCGAAGAGACGUGCUCGUUAUAACGUGCACGCCGCAUCAACGAAGCGAACGGAAUCGAACGAAAUAGUCAGUUGGGGGAGGAUUAAUUAUCUCUAACGGCCUGAAGCACGUAUGUCUGAAGCCUGAAUCGCAACGGCCUACUUUCUUCGAAAAAAAUGCACAAAAAUCCGAAAGUGCGAAGACACGAUUAAAGUCAGAUGAAAUCUCGUAAAUUUUUAUUUAUUAUACUUUUGUUAUAUUUUGUACAGAAUUUCAUUAAAUGCAUUCAUUAAAUCUCCUGCUGAAUUAUUUAUUGAUUUAAUGAAUUAACAGAUGGCUAUAAUCGAAAUUAACAUUUUUAUCUACUUGUAAUAUUAAUUUUCACUGUUGGACGAUUUUUCGAUCUUAAUCGCUUUGUGCCCCGUUUUCAGGCAUACGUUACAUCGCAGCGCUAAGAAACGAAUUAUUUUUUAACCGUAGACUAACGAAGAUCGCCCAAAGAUGAAACCCAAAAAAUAUUUUUACUACGAAGGCGAGAGACACACGUAUAGAGAGAGAGAGAGAGAGAGAGAAAGAAAGAGAGAGA